UCACAAUAUGCGUAGAGCGAGAAACGGUAUCAAUGCUUUUACUUAAUAAUUACAUAUGAAUUAUUAAUGUUUAGGAAUGCAUAACUCAGCAAAUUGGCGAAGGUGAACACACCCUACUGUCACUGUCGUUCGCGUAAUGACAAAAUACGAUCUAGCAAAUGUAGCUAUAGCGACUAAAAAGCUCUGCGAGCCAACCACAUCAAAGCUAACUUCAGCUUCGUGCAGAGUGCAUAACAACCACAAAAAAAUAAUUCAUAACAAAACGUUGUUUUACUCAACUAGAAGAUAGCAGAAGGAAAAUGUCAGGGAAGAGGUAUGGCAGGAACCUCCCGCCCUUGCUCACGCCUGACUAGCGGCUCCCGCGGCUUCCCCUGCCUGCUGUAAGUCCCGUUUGGGUCGAGUGCACGCGUAACCGGUGACUGUCCUUCCGCGCUUUGAUGGGCGCAUGACGUGACGGCUUAACGCACGUGCACUGUAGCCGCGCCGCGAGCUGAGCAUACCAAACUUGAGACGCAGCGAAGACAGAAAGUCCACGUGACGUCAGCAGGGCGCUGGCAAGAUUCAGAAUUUGUCUGAUGGGCGACCGGGCAGCAUAAAAAAAAAAGUGUGUGUCAGGUUUGCAGUGGGGUUAUUUAAGUACUGCGUGGAGAUGCAUGCCUUAUUAAUGGAGUGGUGCUGUCUGCUCCUCACAGACAGGGCAUAGUCUACAGACCUAGUCCUCUGCGCUCGAUGGAAGUUUUAUCUCGUAUUAGACUGUGACGGAUGACUUCUGCACCUUAAAUAUUCUACCGUCCUCUUUCUGAUGGAUACAAUGUCCUAUCUGAACCCAGCAAGUGAACUCGAACAUUUUGAUGGACUUUCGCUCAUCUACUGGACUCUUAUGGGCCCCUAUGGAAUUGACCGAGCAGUCCAUUCUAUGGAAUUUACAGACUGUGAAAAUGGGUUAGGCGUAAAGGUAAUGGGUGGUGUGAAAGAACUAACAGGAGAGGAGUUUGGAGUUUAUGUCAAAAGAAUCUUACCAGGUGGCCUUGCCUCCAUUGACGGAAACCUCCAAGCAGGGGACCAGAUCUUAGAGGUCAAUGGAGAAAGCCUGACUGGUGUCACAAAUGAAAGAGCGGUGGACAUCCUGAGGGCAGCCUCCUCGACCAACCACAUGCGUCUUCUGGUGGCCAGGGAUGAGCAGGCAAGGAGAGAAUUUGCGGAACUUCUAGAAAAGUACGGGUCCCACAGCAGUACGGACUCCACGAGGAACUCCCCCAUCCAGCACGGCAGAUACUUGGACAGCACGUCCUCGGAGUCGUCGUCCAGAUCCCAGAGUCCUCUGCUGCUCAGUCCGCCAGGGUCCCAAAGCACAUGCAAUAACUCAGGACAAUUACAGCGCUCUCUCAGUCACCUGGGGGAGGGUGUGAUCCAGAUGGUCUCUGUAGCUCACUCCUGCAGCCUGGGCGUCAUCAUUAGCGGAGGGUCCAACAGGCCCGAUGGGCCCGCCAUCAUCAUCCAGGACUUGCUGUCUGGAGGAGACUGUCAUCGGGAUGGGCGGCUCAGACCGGGGGAUCAGCUCAUCGCCAUCGGCAGGGAGUCCCUGGUGGGGGUGACGUUCGAGGAGGCCAAGACCACCAUCAACAAAGUCAAGUUCAGCCAGGACCCGCUGGUGGAGGUCGCUUUUAUCCGAGGGAAAGGCCCCACCCCCUACUGUGCAUCCAGCAGAGAUGGGGGGCAGCGUGCCGUCGGCAACGGCUACCCCGCCAGCCGCCCAAGAGCACAACCCCGACUUCCCGAGAUCAAGGCAGAGGAGCCUGUGUUGGUGCGUUCAUCCUCCCCUGACAUCUGUCCGCCAGACGUGCACUUCUCAGUUGCCUCAGUCUCACAGAGGACUGCCAAACCGAAGGUCUCCCUGGAUCCCCACAUACGACUCAGAUCCGAGAAGCUUGAGCUGGCACUGGGAUACCUGGGGCUGGACGUCACCGAGGAAAAGAGGCAGCGACUCAGAGAGAGUCUGUCCACAGACCCUCAGGGGACGGUGGCGUACGGAGAUUUCAUAGAGGCCACGUGCAAAGUGUACCAUGAUAAGCUGGAGGAGGCGGGGCUGGCACAGAGACCCUUCCUGUUCUCCUAUCACCAAGCAGCGAGUUUGCUGGACACGUCUGCCUUCCACUCUCCUACAUGCGAUUCGGAGUACAGCUGCAGCAGUGAGGAGGUGGAGCAGUGGCAGGCCAUGGUGAAGCAGCUCCACCUGCAGGUGAAACACUUGAAGGAUUUACUGGAGAAUGCAGAGAAGAGUAAAAAAUCUCUUGAAGAGCAACUUCAGAAGACCACAGAGAAAGUCACUUCCACCAUGGAGCACAACAAGACUCUGAGGAGCUGUCUGCAGGUAGCCGAGGUCGUGCCGAGGAAGACCAGCACUGCUGAGCGGGACAAUGAGGAGGCCAUCUGGCUCCUGAAGGCCGAGAUCAAAGACCUGAAGGACCAGCUCGCUGACAGGAAGCGAACGAACCUGGAGGGCACUAAGGAAGACAUGGUGGAGCUGAAACAGAAGCUUUCUGACAUCAACAGCCAGUUGAGAAAGUCUGAAACAACCAGGAAACAACUGGAAACCUCCAAUAAGAAGCUGCUCAGUUUUACUCAGAAGGUACACCAAUAUCUCACCAGUGGAGGUUUCAUCACAAAGGACAAAAACUGGACAGCCAAGUCUCCACCCUCAAAGGAGCCUCCAGACACACCCUCCCUCCGUCCAGACUCCACCUACCAGCGUCCAGACACGCCCUCCCUCCGUCCAGACUCCACCUACCAGCGUCCAGACACGCCCUCCCUCCGUCCAGACUCCACCUACCAGCUGGUAGUUGAGGCUAAGGAGCUGGUAGACACGGUCUGCUCUCUCCGAAUAGACGAUCACACGUUACCACAGACCAGCGUCGCCGAGCCUGAGUCUGAGAGCGUGAGAGCAGCGAGUCAUAGGCCCGAAGCCCCUCCCCCUUCCGGUCCGCCAAGAGAGAAGGAAUAUGUCUAGAGGAUCCACAUCGCUCCACUAGAGGGAGGCACUGAGUAAAUGUCACACACUUUCGCUUCUUUCAGAGAUAGAAAUACUUGUAGAGCUGGGAACAUUGGGAAAUUGUUGAGGCUGGAUAGGGCUUCACUGAUUAAGCCCCUUGUUAGGUGUUUGUAAUAAAAAGAUUGCACAUAUAUAUAUAUAUAUAUAUAAUGAUCUACAGUGUAACAUGAUCAGUGUCCAGAUGCGGAGUCAGAAUGCAGAGACAUGAGACACUGAGAGGCGUAAACUCUGGUCUUUGGACCAGGGCAAAACCCAGAGAUUAAAACUUUACCGUUCUCCAAAACGUCAUCCACCACCAAGCAAAAUUUAAUUAGAAUGGAAAACUGGGUAACUGAAAAAGAAAAGUUCUCAAAAUACUCCAAUUCAAAAGCUUGGCUGAAAACCAAAGCCAGACUAAUUUGAAGCAAAUUAAUGCUAAUUCCUACAUUAAAUUAAUCCUAUGAUGUGUUGGCACAUAACAGUGAGGAGAACAGGGACGUGAUCAAGCAUUCUGACUUUGUAUGUAAAGGGCAAUGUUGUAGUCUAGCCUAGUCGCAGUUAUCCAUACAGUGCCAGUCCACUGUACAUCACUAUAUAGAGGGUCUUACACUAUGCCAUAAUGCAGUCGCUAUGCAGAGGGUGUUACCCUACUCUACGAAGACCUUGCAUGUCUCUCCAUGGCUGAGCACUUCUGCUUUCAUAGCUAAAUGAUGGUCUCAAGUAUUUACCUACAUCAAACGUACCCCUCAGAACACACAUUUCAUCAUUUCAUCAUAUAUUCAUUGUGAUAAGUGCUGUCACCUUUUGGAGAUUUUCUAGUUCCAGUCUGUUAUUAUUCAUUGCGCCCAUUUGCAGUUGUUCUUUUAAACUUUUGAGAUCUUGCAGUCAUCUCUCAUCAUUCUUUCCUGAAGAUACCAUCCUGUUCCUACCUUCUGCCCUGCUAGAAGUUCUGUUAGGACGCUUCCGGUCCUUAGAGGGGACUAAGACCUGUUAAGUUCUCUGACCAGUGUUCUUUAGCGCAGUGGGUUUUGGCGCCCCCUUGUGGGCACUGUGCAUCCUGUGCCACUGUUUGCGCUUAUGGGAUUUGGGUCGUGGCGGUUCAGGAGGGUCCCGAAAGGCCAUUGUGCUCCGUUCGGCAACAGCGCUACCACACACGAGCAUCACGUUCUAAUCCCACCCCAGAACCCAUUGUGCAGUUACCGUGUUCUGCAUUUCAACACACUGCUCCCCUCUGAGAGUAGAAUGGUGGGAGUGUGUACAACAUUGUUUCAGGUUUGUGCUGUUACUAAUCUCAGCUGUACAUGCUUUGAAAAUGCUCAUGUGUAGACCUGUAACGUUAUUAGUUUGCAUCAUGUGUGUGGCCUAAAUCCUUUCCGUUCAGUUGUUUUUAAUAAAGGACAGAGAAGAACAUGAGGUGUGUUGAAUGCUUCCUGACCCUCCUCUGUCCUCUGGGUCCAGGAGAGAAGACACGAGCUGGACAUGGAAGGGAGACACUUAGGGUAUAUCUGAGACAGGAGACUUAUUAUUAUUAUUAUUAAUAACAUUUAUAUAGAGUCUCUCUCAAACCUAAAGAUGCUUUACAGACAGAAAUCAGCUUUUACACUCACUUCACACCCCACUGCUGCGAUGACGCAUCAGGGUGUCUGAGGGGUGAUGCAGUGCCGCUAGGAGGGAGAAGUUAAUCAUUAAGUGAUAGUUCAUCAAUUAGUAAUUACAAGCUUAUUUUAUAGACUGAGAGAGACCAUCAAUUGAAUGAUAAAUGCUAUUAUUUAAAUGAUUUAAUCAGUUGAAAUGCUAUCAAUUUACUUUGGAAACAUCACCUGGAGCUCGUAUCAAAACUAGUUAUGCAAAUGUUAAUGACAUAUUCAAACUAAAGGUGGAGCACUAAGCUUGCAUGGCAAGCGUGGAGUGUUUAAAUGGGCAGGUUUAGAGAGGGUGUAAAGGUUCUUUACUGGCUUACUGUCUAUGUUCUGUUGGCUACUGCAUGACAUUGAGAAGGUAUACAAGUAAAUGUUUAAAUAUUGAAAUUGUAGAAUUUACUCAUAUGUAUAAAACACCAUUGUUAACAAAUAAACAAUUGGAUAAUGG